UCUGGGGAGGCAGCGGCUCCGCUCUCCGGGCAAGGGCGGCGGCGGCGGCGGUGUUGGGCGGGGCCGGGCUUGGGGCUAGCGGCGCGGCUGCAGGAACUGUGCGAGGCAUUGCGGGGCUGCGAGGUGCUCGGGCCCGCGGAGAGGCCGUGCGCGCUGAGUCUACCUCCGCGGCCAUCGCGCUGCUCGUCCUGGGUGACGUUGUGUCUUGGUCCCCAGCAUGACCGAGCUACGGCAGAGGACUGUCCGCGAGGACGCACCGCCGGAGGACAAGGAAUCGGAGUCAGAAGCGAAGAUAGAUGGAGAGACUGCAUCAGACAGUGAGAGCCGAGCAGAAGCAGCUCCCCCACCAGCCUCCAUAGAUGAUACCCCAGAGGUCCUUAACAGGGCUCUUUCCAACUUGUCUUCAAGAUGGAAGAACUGGUGGGUGAGAGGCAUCCUGACUUUGGCCAUGAUUGCAUUUUUCUUCAUUAUCAUAUACCUGGGACCAAUGGUGUUGAUGAUGAUUGUGAUGUGUGUUCAGAUUAAGUGUUUCCAUGAGAUAAUCACUAUUGGCUACAAUGUAUACCACUCCUAUGACCUGCCCUGGUUCAGGACCCUCAGCUGGUACUUUCUUCUGUGUGUAAACUACUUCUUCUAUGGUGAGACAGUGACGGAUUACUUCUUCACUCUGGUCCAAAGAGAGGAGCCCUUGCGAAUUCUCAGUAAAUACCACCGGUUCAUUUCCUUUACCCUGUAUCUCACAGGGUUCUGCAUGUUUGUGCUGAGUCUAGUUAAGAAGCAUUACCGACUGCAGUUCUACAUGUUUGGCUGGACCCAUGUGACCUUGCUUAUUGUCGUAACCCAAUCACAUCUUGUUAUCCAUAACUUGUUUGAAGGAAUGAUAUGGUUCAUUGUUCCCAUUUCAUGUGUCAUCUGUAAUGAUAUUAUGGCCUAUAUGUUUGGCUUUUUCUUUGGUCGGACCCCGCUCAUUAAGCUCUCCCCGAAGAAGACCUGGGAAGGCUUCAUUGGGGGCUUCUUUGCCACUGUGGUGUUUGGCCUUCUGCUCUCCUAUGUGAUGUCUGGGUACAGAUGCUUCGUCUGUCCUGUGGAGUACAACAAUGACACCAACAGCUUCACGGUGGACUGUGAGCCAUCUGACCUCUUCCGCCUACAGGAGUACAACAUCCCUGGAGUGGUCCAGUCGAUAGUGGGCUGGAAAACAGUGAGGAUGUACCCUUUCCAGAUCCACAGCAUCGCUCUCUCCACCUUUGCCUCUCUCAUCGGUCCAUUUGGAGGAUUCUUCGCAAGUGGAUUCAAACGAGCCUUUAAAAUCAAAGACUUUGCCAAUACCAUUCCUGGUCAUGGAGGCAUCAUGGAUCGCUUUGACUGCCAGUACCUGAUGGCCACCUUUGUCAAUGUGUACAUUGCCAGCUUUAUCAGGGGCCCAAACCCGAGCAAACUGAUUCAACAGUUUCUGACGUUGCGACCAGAUCAGCAGCUCCACAUCUUCAACACACUCAAGUCUCACCUGACUGACAAGGGGAUUCUGACCUCUGCCUUGGAAGAUGAGUAGUGUCCACCCAGGGCCAGGAGAGCCGGAGCAGGACUGAAUGAGAGGGGCAGGUCACCAAGGCCAGCCCAAAUGCUGUGACUUAGAUAAUGAAAAGCUAGAACUCACUGUCUUUUUUCCCUCCCUUUUACAUUUGUGAGUUUUGUGUUUUAAAAAUCUGUAUAUACAGUCUGUUUAUAGUGUGGACUGUGAGUAAGUUAUGGCUUUGAGUUGCAAAGAAGUCACAGGGGAGAACCAUUUGGGUUUCUUAAAUACAGGUAUUGAACAACAUGAAAGACAGUGUUGCCCAGCUCAGGGGGUCUGCUUGGUGGUUCUAACCCCCACUCGUCUAGUUUCCGAUCUAUCUGAGAGGUCAUCCAUUCAUCUAACUAGUAGAGAGACUCUCCCACCUGGCACAGCUUCAUGGCCUCAUUGCUUUCGCUUGACACCUUUCAUUGGGGCUUCUCCAGGCAUCCCUGCCUGGGAGCCGUGGAGGGCUGCCCUCUGUAGACUUGAGGAGGGAGAGCCGUGGAGGGCUGCCCUCUGUAGAUUUGAGCGGGAGGCUUACUGAUCCAAGCCAUACCCUACAGAGGGCACAGGAGCUUUGCUCCUGGUUUGCUUUAACCAUACAGGCUGAAAGAAGAUUUCAGGCUUCAUUUUUCUCAGAAAGCGUGAAGAAUUGAUGAAGUCUGGAAAGAGAACCCCACACUGUCGUAUUUCAGGUAUAUGCAGUAGAAUGCACUGUCACCGCCUUCCCCACCACGCAGGCUCCAAGGACUUCCAGAGGAGGUCCUGCACACCGUGUCUUUCAGAGCUGAGGCCCUCACAUUUGCACUGUGGGUUUGCUGCUGCUGAAUUCGUCUGGGGACUCGUGAGGGGUGGGGCGCAGAGGGCUUUGGUUCACAUACCCCUUGCUGGAAGCCCACUUGCGUUGCUGCUGUGUUGUGUACAUAGUACUCUUGAGGUGAGUGUGUGUCUGUGUCUUUAGAAGUCUCUUGUUUCCUUCGUGGUUUCAGUCAUAUCCGGACUUCUUCACAGAGUACCUGAGUUCUGCUCAGUACUACGGCGAGGCUAAUCUCAAGACUCAUUGUACAUUUUAUGAAAUGUGACCAGUGUAGAUGUAGUUUAUAUGUUACUGGGGACCUCUUGCUGUUGUUUGUGUAAGCUGUGAUUGUUCUUUUCCUUCCUAAGCAUAAGCUGAAAUUGCUAAGUCGAGAGGCUGGUUCUUUGUCAGGAGCAGGUGGCAGAGAAAGAACUUGUCCCCAAGCAUGUUAACACCAUGGCCGUGGUGUACCCACUGCUGAGGAGGGCACCAUGGUUUGCUUUAAGCACAUUGGUCUGUGCCUGUUUGUUUUCAAAUUAGCCUUUCUAUCUCCUCCAAUAAACAGACAGCUUUCAGAGUGUCUGUCAUGCGCUACUAUGCGCCCCACAGGGAAGUGGGGUUGGAGUGGCUUUUUGGCUCUGAGCUUUGACUUCCACGUCAGCCUUGUGGCUUUUCUUUCUCGGCUUCCAGGGCUGCAUUGAACCCCCUGAUGCCUUGGGUUUGGGUUGUGUGGCCCUGGCUGGGAAGCUUUGCUCUCAGGGUUCUCCUUUUCUCACUUACCCUGGAAGUUCACCAAUUCUGUAACUCUCCAGAGAAGUUCCUGUCACUAGGGCCCCUGUUGCUAUUGAGUCAUGUCUUGGGCACCCAAAAAGGAAAUACACUAGGUGUAUUUUACAAUUGCUUUUAGGGUGAGUCAGUGUCUUCUUAAGAUUUUUCAGUGGUACUUAGGAACGAGACUGUACUUUUCUGACUGAAAAAUGACCUUGGAUCACCAGACUAGAUAGAGAAGGGCACUCCGAUCCUCAGCAGCCAAGACUCACUCUUGAGCAGCAGCAGUUGAGGCUUGAGGAAGUAGUUGCUGGUGCCUAAAACACUGAAGGUCAGUGCUCACUAGAGCUGCCAGCCAGAGGUCUUUAUUCUUUUCUGAGUUCCUGGGAAACAGGAGAAUUUCCCAGUCAAGUAGCCAGGAGAGCAGUGCCACCGUGUGUCUGUCCAGCAUGUUUGUCCCAUUAAAUAGGCAGGAUCUGAGAGACUACUUUAACACGCACCGUGCAGGUCUCGGUGGCUCACAUAACUUGCUUUACACUCAUUUUGUCAGAAAUAAAAUUUUUGUGCCUUUCCUUGUCAUUAAUUUAGUGCUUGUCACUUUCAUGCAUGGCUUUAUGUUUCCACUCUGUGAUUGUAAGUAUUGUGCGGUUUUCAUUUAGAGGGUUGGUUUUCUGUUUGUGUGCCAUCUAUUCCUAGCAGCCUUCUGAGGCCCCUCAAAUGAGAGCCAGGGGUCAACCAGAAUACUGCAUCUCACAGUUUGUUUGCGGGACAGGAAUGCCUAGUCCUUGGCGUCCCCACACCUGAAGUUCUUCAGUGUUCCUUCUCUUAGGUCCCGGGGGCCUGAGCAAGGCCUGAGCCAGUGCUUAGUUGACUAUUAGCUUGUAACUGGUGAUAGUGGGGUCGCAGAACCCAGGCUGACAGAACAAGCCAGGGUGGCUCCCUGGUGAGUUUGUUCACGAUUGUUCCCAGGAAAUGGAGGCUUCCCUUUGUGUGUUAUCCCCACCCUCUUAACCACCUCAGUGUGAAAAACAAAGUUCAUGUUGGUAUUUUACUUCUGAAAGUGAAGUCCUGUAAGGAAAUUGGAGAGUGUACACACACACACACACACACACACACACACACACACACACACACAGCCUAUUUCACAAUCUCAGCCUUUUAGUGUGUGCUUUCUAACCCAUUUAAAAUGUAUUUAUUCUUAUUGUGCUGUAGUAAACAUGAAUUGGUCUUCAGAGGUAUUGAAUCUAACAUGUAAUCUUACAUAGGUGGACUGUGAAACUAUUUUUAUGAUUAUUUUGCCCCUGCUUGCUUUUCCCUUAUAACCUGGCCUAUAUUACACAAGAAAAGUCGAGCAGUGUAUUUCAGAAGAAUCAACAAAGACAUUAUGGGCUAAUUGCUGGAUUGGCAAGAGCCAGAUUUGAAUGUGUCCCUGAGUUUACUGAGCCCAUGGCAAGCUGAGGUCAGUCCCUGUUGAGAAGCUGGGUGGAGGAGUGACGUAAGGACUUAGGACAGGGUAUCUCACACACAAGACUGUAUGGCAGUCACUUUUCUUGUGAAGUCAGCCUGAGGUAGUUCUUCAGGGGAGACUUUUCCUCACUCCCAAAGUGGACUAACACAGCUAAAUCUUCUUGUUAGGAACAUCUGAGGCCAUGUUGUCCUUGUCUCUCAGAGUAUAUCGUGUCUGUGCCCACUGUUCCUGCUCACUGGCUCGUGGGGAAGAGGGUGGUUUUUUUUGCCCAGGUCAGGAUGAGGAGGGAGACCUGAGUGAGGGUGGGGCAGGGUAACUCUGACACAAGGUAGUCAGCUAUGGGUGGACUCUGUCUGGAGCACAGGGUACAGUGGGUGCCCAGAAGAGGGGAGGCUAAUUCUUGGGCAGCGCUUCCGACUCUCCCUUGUCUUGGGCAAAUGAAACUUCCUUUCCCAUUAUCACACUAGUCAGCUGUUCAGCAUCCUGUCUGUAAAGAGAUUAUUAGCGUCCACUUCCUGAUUCAGUUUCCCUGGGUGAGGGGGGACUUACGGAGGGUAGAGAAGGGUCCUUAUUUCAGGGCUGUGCUAGGCCCAUCUGCAGCAUCCUAGCCAGUCCUCACUCACGUUAUUCCAGGGUGAGUCCAUGCUUCGGAGCAUUCCUAGCUGCUGACCUGUUCUGUUAGAGUGUGGUUCACCUUCUGCCUCCUCUAGCCUUCCUCUCUUCAAGUUGACUGGCAGGGACCCUACCUGGGCCCUGGGUUCUCCUGUGGGUGGAGACUGUUACCGUUGGGUUGCUGCUUCACUGGGCAGGCCACACUGUUGUUUUCAAAGGUCAAAAGACCAUGAUGUUGGGAGCAGUUUAGAGGUGUGCUUUGAAUGCUGAAGUGUUGGGGUUUUAGGACAUGGGAAUGGUUUUUGAGACUAGAAGGGCAGAAUAUGCAAAAGCUAGAGUUUGAUGACUAGUGGUCUUCAAAUCCAUUGGCUGUCUGAAGACUCUGUCCCCGCCCUUCCUCUCCGUCAGUGCCUGUCUGCCCGGCUCUUUAUCUUGUUCUCCAGCUGGUGAAAUGCAGCAGUGUGUUGUUAACAAAUUGCAGUCAUAUAGUGCUCAGUAUGUGCCAGGCACAGUGCUAAGGGCUUGCAUGCGUUACCUCCUUUGAUCCAGAAGACGCCCUGGCUAGGUGUUCUCCCAUCUUAAAGAUGGGAGAACUGAAGCUCUGUGUUAGAAAUUGAGAACAAUGUGAAGAAGACAGACUUGAGGCUCAGCGCUCCAUCUGGCCAGGUUACAGGGUGCUGGCGGUCUUCACUUCCAACCAGCUGGCUGUGAGGAUGCUUGUGCGGAUCUCCUGAGCUGAUGCAUGUGUUUAGCAAAGUGACUGGCACAUAGUCAGCACUCAAUAAACAGUAGUUGCUUUUUUUAUUUUGUUUAAACUGAGCUCAGUGAGUGGUUCGGCCCACACUGAUGGGCUGCUGGGUAUUCAGCUCCCACGUUCCCACUGCUUGCACGUAGUUUGCUGUUUGUGUCCUAUAAAGUGACCACACUGGCCUCCCAAGAGGAGCACUUCAGCCGUCCAGUGGGAGAGCCCCGUGCAGCAGCUUGCUGUUUUCCAUGGUAUCGAGGCCACCUUGACUGAGGGACAAUGUGAGGCUGCUUCCUCUUUUCCUGUGGCUGAGAUUGCUCACAGGAAGGGUAUUUGCUCUGACCUGGGGGUGCCUCCACCCCGGGCAGCAAGAGCCUGUCUUGCUCUGGACCCCACUUCCCCAACCAAGGCCUGCACUCUUGUACAGUUCAGGGAUCCAUGGUUCUCUCUACAAGUGUGCAUUUUCAGGAAUAGACAGGAUGGAGAGAACAAUUCUGCUGCUGAGUACACCAGCCAGAAGCCUAAAUGCCCUGCCUGUGCUCUUGACACCACAAGCAUUCCACUCUGCGUUUCUUUUAAAAGAACAGGUUAUAGCAGGUGACCAUUGAGGCCAGGUGAUGUGUUUCAGUCUGUUCUAGAUUAACAAAGGAUCACAUAUCACAUAAUUAUUAAUCAUGAAUGGAGAAAUGUUUAAUCAGUUUUCUGAGUGGACAUGGGGAGUUGGGGAAGGAGAGAGAGAGAGAGAGAGAGAGAGAGAGAGAGAGAGAGAGAGAGAGAGAGAAAGAGAGUAUGUGGGUGUGUGUCUUAGACAAGCCUUCCCUUUGAUUGAAUGGCAUUGGCUAACAUGGCCCAGGAGAUUCUCAGACCACACGAGUAGGAACCUCUGUUCUGACUGUGGAAUAUCCCAGGGUGUUAAUGGGACCUGCAGGCCUGUUGCUAGAAUCCAGAGCCUGGAGCUUCUCUUGCUCUUCUGGACUUGUGUUUGCCGGUCCUGGCCCUUCCUCCUUCACUGUGCCAUCUGAUGGACCGGGCAGUCCUUUAUCUGGAGAGAGAAGUCCAGUGCUAACAGAGGUCCUGGGGACCUGCUUUCCUAGACCGUGGCCAUGCCCAGCUCUAGCUCUUGAAGGACUUUGAAUGAGUACAGCAUUCAGAAGGACUCACCACACGGCCAUCUACCCCAAGGGAAAUUGUUCUCAGCCACCUCUGCCCCCUUACUAGAAUUCCUUUCUCACCCGUUAGGUUUGUGUGUUGGUUUUUCUGGCUUUUAUCAAAGGAACACUGAUGUAGAGAAAGGAUAAGAGUGUUUUUGCAGUGAGCUGAAUGUGCACACGUGUUUGAGUUCUUUGUAUGAAGUUUCUCUCAUUUCUUGGUUUGUAUGAAGUUUCUCUCAUUUCUUGGUUUCUGUCUUGGGACACACUGAGCAGGUGUCGAAGGCUGAAUAACAAAGCGAACGAGUGGAGGCCCUGGGAGGCAGCGACUCUUUGUCCAGUUUAAGGACUCCAGAGAAGUCACAGGUACAGCAACAGGACCGAGAGCAGGGGAGGGGGUGGGAGUCACACAACCAAAGGUGGACUCGGGCCAGUUCAGUGCUUCUUGGUGGCUGUAGGUAUCAGAAGUCACCUCAGAAAAUCUAUCCUGGGAUUCUUGGGCUCAUUGGCCCCUUCUAGAGUCUGAGCUGAAGUUAACACUUUCCUGACAGCAGUGGGGAUCACAGUGGCAGACGGCACAGAGCACCCUAGUUUCUUAGCCUCUUUUAUUGUGUGGAGGGACCUGCUGCAUCCAGUUGUCCUACACUGCCUGGCUGCUUUCCUGUCCUCAGACUAGGGGGCCUGGGACACAGCAUUUGGCUGUGUGGCAUCCAUGUGACAAUCCUUAGUUUUCUUAGAUAGAUAUGUACGUGUGUGUUCCUGUUGGGUCACUUCUCUAAGCCAGGCUUUACUAAAUCAGUGUUCUCACCAUGCCCUGCCCUUCUCUCUGCACUUAGGAUUGUAUAGAACACAUGUAGAUUCUUCUCAGUGCAGUGUAAGAAUGUGAUAUAUUGUAUAUUGGAAAGUAUUUACCUUAUUUAUAUACCUGAAUGUUCCUAUUAAACAAAUAAACAUAUCUUAAAUUCUA